AUGAAGUUUGGGAAGAGUCUGUGCAAUCAGAUAGAUGAAACCCUACCCGAGUGGAGAGACAAGUUCCUCUCCUACAAAGACCUCAAGAAGAAGCUCAAGCUCAUCGCCGCCGGCGGUGAUCGACCGGCGAAGCGCGCCAAGACCUCUGUCGGUGGCUACGAGAUGACGAGGGAGGAGGAGUUUCUGGGGUCACUUGAGGACGAGCUUGAGAAGGAGGAGAAAUACGUCAUUCGGCAAAAGGAGUUGCAGGAUCUGGUGGUGAUGGCGAUGGUGAGAGAAUCUAAGGAGGAGCUGAUGAAGGAUCAGUGUGUGUGA